CUUCCCGUCGCAGUGGUGGAAGUGGCAUCCCCAGUUUGGCGCCACGCACCACGCUGGCUGAACGAACCCAAGGUCGUUUCACCAUGGCUGGCCCAGAAGAGACGCCUCAGCUGCGCUUGGCCCAUGAACCGUUUGUGCAACCCGGCUAUGGCGAUCUAAACCCAUCCUACGAACAGCCCGCCAACUCCAAACCUGUCUGGGGUCUGGCGAAACCGCUCCCUCGUGUUGUCCGACCGGGCAUGGUGCCGACCAAGGAGGAGCUGUUGGAAGCCCGUCAAAAUAUUCAGCUGCCAGCAGAAAACUCACAGAAGCUAGGGCUGGAGGUCGACCCCAAUGACCUAGAGCUGGGCCAGAUCGAGAAGACGGCUGACCCUCGUAAAAUGGCGGCCCAGGUGGAAGAUGCCCGCAUCCAGCGUGAGAACAACUUCAUGAACAAGAUUCUGAGUGGGGAUGCCACCACGACGCGACAAGGCUCGCGCCUCUCGCGGACUUCAUCGUCGCGUAUCCGCCGCCCAUCGGCCUGGGAUCUCCCGCCUGAGAAUCUCUCGACGGUGCCCGAAGGCGAGACCCCGGCUCCCAGUGAGACCCAUGAGGAACCCCCUCAGAUGAGUAGUGAGGAGCCCUUGGAGCCCGUCCUGGAGGAGCCCGAGCUGCGCGCUGACGAUGGCAAGGACGGGAUGAUGGACGACCUGCCCAAUCUGGAGGAGAUCGAGGCCGCCUACCCGGAAGAUCUGCAUCCGCUGGUGCAGGAGCUGGUGGAGGAGGAGGUGCACAACAACCACACCACCUGGUCCGUCAUCCGCACUCAUCACCGCGAAGCCCUGGCCGAGUCCCUGGGGGUCUUCGUACAGCUUUUCGUCGGCUUUUGCGGCGAUCUAGCAGUGACCGUGGCCAACGCCGGUAAUCCCAACACCACCGACUGGGUCUGGGGGUUUGCUACCAUGAUGGCCAUCUACGUCUCCGGUGGUGUGUCCGGUGCACAUCUCAAUCCGACCAUCACCAUCAUGCUCUGGUUUUACCGCGGCUUCCCCAAGAGCAAGAUGCCCGAGUACUUCGCCGCGCAGUUCUUGGGGGCCUUCAUCGCCGCGCUCGCCGCGUACGGUCUCUACUAUCACUCCAUCCAACACUAUCUCCUGACCAACUCCACCACGGGCAUCAUCACCAGCUUUGUGACAAGUCAGCGCGAGACCUGGAUCGGUCCUGGUACUGCCUUCUUUACCGAAUUUCUGGGCACGAUGAUACUGACGGUGGUGGUCCUGGCGCUGGGUGACGAUCAGAACGCACCCCCGGGAGCGGGUAUGAACUCACUCAUCGUGGGUCUCAUGGUGACCUGCAACACGAUGAGCUUUGCCUACCAGACGGGUGCCGCCUUGAAUCCGAGUCGAGACUUUGGGCCCCGACUAGCGUUGCUGGCUCUUGGGUACGGCUCGUCGCUGUUCACCAAUCCGUACUGGUUUUACGGACCAUGGGCCGGAUCACUCGCGGGCUCCUUCCUCGGUGCCUUCCUGUACGACUUUAUGAUCUUUACGGGUGGUGAAUCGCCGGUCAACUACCCCUGGGAACGGACGCAGCGGGCGAUGCGCAAGAGUCGGAUGAAGUGGGGGAAGCGGUUGCAUCUGUCGCGCCGAGACAGGGGAGAGAAGACUGUGCGUUGAACAGGAGCGGCGUAGACAAAGGGGAAUUCGAAUUUAGUGCAGAAUGUUUCACCAGAUUGUUUGAGAAAGCCUUGCUACGUGCAUGCGGGAUGCAUACUAGUGAUGUUUGUAGUUACAUGAUACACUCAUAUUGACCGCAAUGAGCGAUGAACGUUGUACAUACGCAUUGAUGAUUCGGGUUCUGGAU